GAGGAAUUCUCAGCGAGCGUACACUUUAUUCGCUGGACAGGAGGGAUUCACAAUAACAUUGGAGAUAACAAGCAAGAAUGCAGCAACAACCCUGCGCAUCUGUGAGAAGCUCAGUCUGCACUCGGAGUUCUGAUAACAAGGAGGAAUGGAAAAACAACAACAAUGAGGCAGCCUUCACCAGUCACCAGGUGGAAGAUGACCCGCGGGUUUCAUUUAGAGAGGGAAGACUUUCUGGCUAAAUGAAGCAGCUUCGGCUCUGAAGCGACCGUGUGACGACAGGCCUGAAUGUGAGCGAAGCAGCAACAGGAAGCCAUGAGGAGAGUCCGGAGAAAAGUGGCGAACAAAGACAAGGUGUUCGGAUGUGACCUGCUGGAGCAUCUGAGCGCCUCUGCACAAGAAGUUCCUCUGGUGCUUCGCUGCUGCAGUGAGUUCGUUGAGCAACAUGGGAUUGUCGACGGAAUUUACCGUUUGUCUGGAGUCUCGUCCAACAUCCAGAAGCUCAGGAGCGAGUUUGAGAGCGACGGCACUCUGGAUCUCAACAAGGAUCUGUACUUGCAGGACAUCCACUGCGUCAGCUCGCUGUGUAAGGCCUACUUCAGAGAGCUCCCCAACCCUCUGCUCACCUACGAGCUCUACGACAAGUUUGCGGAGGCCGUGGCCAUCCAUCUGGAGGAGGAGCGCCUGGUGAAGAUCAGGGACGUCUUGAAAGAACUCCCCCUGCCACAUUACAGGACUUUGGAGUUCCUGAUGCGUCAUCUGGUCAAAAUGGCAUCGUACUCCUCUGAGACCAACAUGCAUGCCAGGAACCUCGCCAUUGUCUGGGCACCAAACUUGCUCAGGUCCAAGGACAUCGAGACGUCAGGAUUCAACGGCACAGCAGCAUUCAUGGAAGUCCGAGUUCAGUCCAUCGUGGUGGAGUUCAUCCUCUCACAUGUUGCUCAGCUGUUCCCUGAUGCAGGGGAAUCAGCUGAGUGGAGCAAGUCCCUCCCCUCGCCGUCAGCGACGACGAAUCAGGAGGAGGGAUUCUUCAAACCCUUCUCCUCACACAUGCUGAGGAACAUCGGAAACAUUGGUCCAGGUGACGGACCUUUGCCCAUGCAGCCGUACCACGCCAUCAUCGAAGGCACCGACAAGAGGAAAGGAUCUCUUAAAGGACGUAAGUGGAUGUCCAUCUUCAACAUCGGAGGACGGUUCCAGGACCAGAAGAAACGACACAAACACUCGGCCAAAGAGAAGGACCGAUCGACUCUGAGGCCGGCCAGGAGCAUGGACUCACUCAGCUCGCAGCUGCACUCUACAGACGGGCCCAGAGGUUCCGCCUCGGCGACUCCCUCCAACAACAACUUUGUCGUUCCGGCUCAAUCUUCUCCGGCAGGAGGCGGCAGUGAGUACGCCAUCACCUUCCGGCGGGGAACCGGACUGGUGGUCGGGGGUACUCAGGGCACCUACACCGCUCUGGACCCUGAUGCUCCCGGGGCUCAGGAUUCAGACGGGAUCCAGUCCAGGUCCCCGGGACUCACCACGAAAGCUGGACGGAGGGCGGCGAUGCACAUCACGGGACCCACCCUGGUCACCGUGCCGCUCCACAUCACCUCCAACCUGGCCCAGGGUCUGCUGCAGGGCGGCGGGGCGGACCGGGUCGUCCACCGCAGCAGGCAGAAGGGGCGAGGAGAGGAGGAGGUAGGAGACAAGGAGAGGAAGAAGGACAGCAGCGUGGCUGAGGAGAAGGUGGCAGUGAAGGAGGAUGGAGAAGGUGUGGAGGAGAAGAUGGGAGGACAGGAGGAGGAGGAGCAAGGAGAGCAGACUCCUGCCAGAGGCAGUGUCAGGUCCAGCUCUCAUCAGGACCAGGAGACUCCAGAUGCCGGAGAAUACGUCGAUAUGAAUCCUGUCUUUCCUGAGGACACCCAGCAGGGGGCAGCAGAGGAGGACAGCGCGUGUGACGACGUUCUAAACUCCACUGAAAUAGUUGAGGAGGAACUUUCCGGCUACGUCCAAGACAACUUUGAGUUCCUGGACCAAAUGGACUGCAGCGUUCUGGACCACAUGGAUCACGGCGCCCCCUAUCAGGUCCGGGAGUUCUCCGUGGAGCCUCCAGGUCACACUGACAAUGAGUAUGAGCUCAUGGAGCAGACCUCCCAUGAUGCACCAGUGCUGCGCUCCCACCUGGACCCGGGUCACGACCCGCACCGGCGCCUCAGCGUCAGCACACACCGACACACUAAGUCUCUCAGUCUCCCGUACAUGACGUCACCGGUGUGUCCGCCUGAGCAGUCCAGCUCCGACGAAGACGACAAUGAAGAUGAUGAUGAUGAUGACGAUGAAGAUGAAUACAGCAGUGGUGACGACAACCUGCUGAUGAAAAGUCUCCCCCCGGAUUUUUUAUUCAACCUGUGCGACCGUCAGGAUGGAGAACUCCAGCAGAGACGGGUCUCUGGAGGAGGUGGGGAGGGAGGAGAGGAUGAUGAUGGAGAGGAGGAAGGUGAGGAGGAGGAGAUGGAGGAGAAGGCGGGAGGGGAGCAUGAUCUGACACACCUGGGUGAGGAAGAGCAGGUCGGUGAAGGCGAGGAAGAGGAGCAGAGAAGAAAGCAAAGCCACAGGGUGAUGGAUCUCCACCAGGUUCUGGGCGACAGUGACGAUGAUGAAAACGAUUUUCCUCCUCCACCGCCCGACUGUUUGGACUUUCCCAUCCUGACGGCUGAAGACGAGGAGAACUUUCUGGCGGCUGCAGGGAGUGAAGAAGAGCCGAGGGACGCAGAGGACAUUCCGCCACAUUAUGAGGAAGCGGAUGGGUUUAGCGGUGAGAUGUUAGCUGAUGGUCCUCCUCAGGAGGAGUCAGGUUCCUGUGAAGGAGAGGAGACGGUUGGAGGAAGGAGUCUGGUGACAGAUGAGGAGGAACCGAUGGAGGAACCAGAGGAACUCUGUAGUGGCAACAUUUGGGAGGAACUGGAGGAUGUGAUCUGUGAAGUGAUAGAGGAUGAGGAGAGAAGUCGGACAAAGGAGGAGACUCUGGAUCAUGUGACCGACAUGAAGGGGUCAAAGCAGGUCACUGAAAAAGUGAGAGAUGAGGAACGCUCAGGAAGCGACGUCCAACUUCCCGCACCGACUCCAGAAGUCCUCACUGAUGGACGAGAAGGUUGGGCGCCUGAAGCAGUCGCUCGGACGCUGGUCGUCUCCAAAACCCCUUGGGUGAAGGUCUACCAGGCCAAGGCCGUCCCAGUGGUGCCGCCCAAACCUCAGCACUGCAAGAUUGCCGCCAUGACGCUGCGACAGCGGCUGAGCGAGCAGGUGGACGAGGAGAGGGAGAGCAAGGCCGCCGACCGCAACAGUCCCGUCAGCAUGUGUUUCGAUGAAGCUGUCGCCAUAGCAACCAUGAGGCGGGAGAAGAAGGAGCGUCAGUGGGAGUGGGGCGGCGACUCGCAGUAGACAGGGAGGACAGUGGACUCCUCCUGUGCGUGAGGAGUCCACAUGAAAACAUGGAAGACGAAUACGACACAAUUUUUUAACAAAGUACUUUUGAAUAAUAUAGAGAUAUAAAUAAAUUUUGACACAUAACUUUCUGUAUUUUUAUUCUUAACUUGGACUUAACUUCUUAAAAUUAUUUUCUGUUUUUCUUUUUGUUUUAGCGAAGAAUUUUACUACAGUAUUUAAUUUUUAUUAGCAUUGAUUUAAUAAUGUGUAUACAGUAAA